GAGUAUAUGAAACCUAUUAUAUAUGGCCCUGAUGAAGAAGCCAAGCGAGCCUGUCGCGACGUACUGUAUACUUGUUUAGAUAUGGGAUUGAGGCUAUUACAUCCCAUGAUGCCAUUUGUUACCGAGGAGUUAUUCCAGAGGUUACCAAGACGACAUGCUAAUGAACCUCCCAGUAUAUGUGUUACGCCCUAUCCUCUACCUAAAGAUAUACAACUACGAGAGAAAGACGUAGAAGCGAAUGUAGAAUUUGUUCAAUCUGUAGUUAAAAGUUUACGUUCCAUGAGAGCUGAUUAUAACCUCAAUAAACAGAAAGCUGAUGUGUAUCUCAAAGUAUCUGAUGAAGCUACUGCUAAAAUUUUAAUCAGUUUUGCCGAUGUGAUAGAAGCGUCUACUAGCGCUAACUGUGUUCAUAUUCUAAUCAAUGAGGCGCCACCUAGUGGCUGUGCAAUGUCGACCGUCUCCACCAAAUGUGAAACAAAUCUGAUGCUCAAGGGCUUGAUAGACGUCAAAAAAGAAAUCUCUAAAUUAGAAGGUAAAAAAGAUACACUAGGUAAACAAUUGAUCAAAUUAAAAGACUCGACAAAGAAAUCAGAUUAUUCGUCGAAAGUUCCAGAAGACGUACGCAAACAGAAUACAGAUAAGAUGAAUGAAUUAGAAACAGAAAUAGAAAGACUGGUCUCGGCGUUAUCAACACUCUCAACCCUAGAAUCCUGA